AUGUCUGCAUCGGCACCUGAUCGUCAGGAUCAAGCUGAGUUGGCUCUGAGACUGCGAAAUACCAUGGUCGCACCGGCAUCCAUUCCACAGGACCAAGUUGAGCUGCCUUUGCGACCGCGAAACACCACGAUUGCUGCAUCGGCGCCCAACAGUCAGGACGAACCUGAGCCGACUCUAGGGCAGCUUCCUCUUACAUCCGCGAUAGAUAUCUCGCAAAGCACGUUGGGACCUGUGCUUCGGAAAGAGCAGGAUGCUAUUCAAGAAAUCUGUGGAGAUUCCAUGCCGCAGGACUUGGUGUCACGAUCAAGGGCUCUUCCUUGGUGUCACACGGCCUUCGAACCGAUGAGAAUAGCAGACAUCGAGAAUCUCAGCUCCUGGGGCCAAACCGAUCCAGGUGCUUUGUUGUACAGCCCCGCUUGCAAAUUAAGACUUCAGGACGCCAGCAUAUGGUUUCUUUUGACCGACGGCCAAAUCCCCGAGCCACUAGUUCAGAAGUUUGCCCAUGCUAUCUCCGCCGCAGGUAUUCAGGGCACAGCCUGCGUGAUAACGCUAUUUGGAUAUCCGGAAAGUUCACCAUUUCGCUGCAAUGUCUCAGUUGGGAUGUCUGCGUUUGCCGUGGCUCCACAUUGCAUCUUUCUCUUCUCAGAUGUGAUAACUGGCAUAUUGUACGUGCUACAAGCCAAGGGGAAUUUCUCGACUAUACUCCAGGCAGACAAGCAGUUUGUGCCCUUUGGAGAGGGUACGAAAUGGGCGGACCUGGUGACAAUCAGAUACGACGAUCUCAAAAGAGUCAAGGUCCCCAGACCCAUCAAAAUGUCCCGGGAUAUUGUCAUACUCCCAAACGGAGUCCAUUUUGACAUGAACAGUAUUUAUACUGGCUUGAUAUCUGAGACGGACACACUUCACCUGCUAUCGAACUACGCCGCCUUAGAUGGCGUCAUCCUGGCCGCGAAGACACAGGGUCACAUUGACAAGAUUCAAAUGUGGAUUUCGAAUUCCCGUCGGACUAUGAAUUCGAUGGAUAAGAUUCUGCUUGAGCCACGUGAAGACUUAGAUGGGGAAGCAAAAAGUGUACUCCUCACCCUUCUGGCCUUUCUAGGCGAAGAUGGAUCACGACCAUGGUCUCUGUGGCAAGCAAUUCUUAAUUCAAAUCAGUCCUCAACUGCAGAGUUCAUCAAGUCAGAACUCCGUAAGCAGCAUCAAAGGAACUGGGACAAAUUUAAACAGAAUGUGAGAGCAGCUCAUGAGCAUUCUUCCCGGUUGGAGAUGACCUUUGAGGAUGUCUCGAGAAGAUUAAGCGGAUUGACUCGACGCCAGUCUUCAAUGUCCCCAAGCGAUCUAACCCCAAUGAGUUCGCCAGAUGCAGGAAAUAUGCAAUAUAUUGGAGCCGCGCUUUCGUUUCAACAGAGAAUCAGCCCACUUGCACAUCUUUCUAGGCCUCCAGCUGAUGGACCACUAGACUGCGAAUAUCUGUUUUUACCAGGAUAUAGAGACAGAAGAAACGUCGCUGCAGGAUGUGCAGUUCCCCAGCACUACCAAAAGUGCCCUAUAUGUGGGACUGUUCAGACGAUACAGUGUCUUCUCCUCCAAACCCCACGCGACUAUAAUGGCACACACCAUGUUCCACAGGCCAAUAGUUGUGCCAGGCACCGCUAUCCAAUGGUCUUGGGUAGUUACCCCGAGACGGAUAUAAUCUUGCCCCUGUCAGCGUGUGAUGCUUGCGCCUGGAUACUGCUCGAGGUUAGAGAACUGCCCAAUGGCCAGCGAGUUGAUGCUGCAUUGCCGCUGGUCUCUCUCGCCAAGGAGGUAAACCGACGGCAAUGGGUCCGAACACUUGACCGAAUAUACGAACGCCGCUUUCAUGAGAGCAUCAUUCUAUACGUCUUUCUCUCUUCCGUUUGCUUCAAGAUGCAAGACAUAUCCAAAGAUAGGGAGACUGCCUCUAGCCUAAUGGAGUGUCUUGGGUGCUGCUCCAGAGCAAUAAGCCGACUUCCUGGCGAGCCUUGGAAGGCUGGUCUUUUACCAGUCCCAGAAUCUACCUCGACUGGCAAUCAUAGAUUGCGGACGCUUGAAAGACUUUUUAUAACAGCUUUCCCUCAUUCUCACACCACCAGUCGGCUUGAAAGCUUCCUACAUUACCCUAUUGAGGCGUCCGUCGUUUUUAUCCGCAUUGCCAGUCAGAUGGAGACCAUAGCGCCACACAUGAUUGAGCUCUACGUGUGGAAGCGGUUGCUUUACCAGAUAGCCGAACAUUACGCAGCGUUGCGCAGAGAGGAAGGGCCCGAAGAGGCUGAUAUAUGCCUCAGAACCACACUCGAACAGCUUCCAUCACUUUACUCAGUUUCUGUGGCCCAGCUGGGUAGCCAUCUCCCAUCACUUGAUCAGUUCAGACGCCUGGAUAAUUACUUUGCGCCCAUUGAGACAACGACCAAGUAUAAUGCUGCUCUGGCUGUCUUUCUGCACAUCAUGCGGAAAGUCUCGAUUCUACUCCAGCAUAACCACCCUGAAGUGGGAUUAUUUGUCAAGUACAUAGAGGACUAUGGGCUCCAGGUACAGCAGGCAGACAACCAAUCUUGCAACGUAUUCGAUGAACCAACGCUAGUUGGAGGAGGUGACGUUGAGAAGAUGGUCAAGGAUGUCUAUGAGUUGCAUUGA